AGGGAAGGGGUGGGCUGAGGUUGAGGCGCGGGGCCCGGGAGUGCCCCGACUUGGUGUGGGAGCCAGUGGGGAACACGCGAGCCGGGGCUCUCCGAGCGGGUGGCGGCGCGCGGCCCUGAGCCCCGCCCCAGGCCGGCAGGCGGGCCGGGAGCCGGUGGGGGUAGGGGGUGCGGUGGGGGGUGGGGACCCUCGGGCUCUUGGGGGUCCCAGGCCCCUCCGGCUGCGGAGCGGAAGGGGUGGCGGACGAGCUGCAGAGAUGUCUGGCCAGAGCCUGACGGACCGAAUCACCGCGGCCCAGCACAGUGUCACUGGCUCCGCGGUAUCUAAGACAGUAUGCAAGGCCACGACCCACGAGAUCAUGGGCCCCAAGAAAAAGCACCUGGACUAUUUAAUUCAGUGUACAAAUGAGAUGAAUGUGAAUAUCCCACAGUUGGCAGACAGUUUGUUUGAAAGAACUACUAACAGUAGUUGGGUGGUGGUCUUCAAAUCACUCAUUACAACUCAUCAUUUGAUGGUGUAUGGAAAUGAGCGUUUCAUUCAGUAUUUGGCUUCAAGAAACACAUUGUUUAACUUAAGCAACUUUUUGGAUAAAAGUGGAUUGCAAGGAUAUGAUAUGUCUACAUUUAUUAGACGAUAUAGUAGGUACUUAAAUGAAAAGGCAGUUUCAUACAGACAAGUUGCAUUCGAUUUCACAAAAGUGAAGAGAGGAGCUGAUGGAGUUAUGAGAACAAUGAACACAGAAAAACUGUUAAAAACUGUACCAAUUAUCCAAAAUCAAAUGGAUGCACUUCUUGAUUUUAAUGUUAAUAGUAAUGAACUUACAAAUGGGGUAAUAAAUGCUGCCUUCAUGCUCCUGUUCAAAGAUGCCAUUAGACUAUUUGCAGCAUACAAUGAAGGAAUUAUUAAUUUAUUGGAAAAAUAUUUUGAUAUGAAAAAGAACCAGUGCAAAGAAGGUCUUGACAUCUAUAAGAAGUUUUUGACUAGGAUGACAAGAAUCUCAGAGUUUCUGAAAGUUGCAGAGCAAGUUGGAAUUGACAGAGGAGAUAUUCCAGAUCUUUCACAGGCCCCCAGCAGUCUUCUUGAUGCUUUAGAACAACAUUUAGCUUCCUUGGAAGGGAAGAAAAUCAAAGAUUCCACAGCUGCAAGCAGGGCUACAACACUUUCCAAUGCAGUCUCUUCUUUGGCAAGCACUGGCCUAUCUCUGACCAAAGUGGAUGAAAGGGAAAAGCAGGCAGCAUUAGAGGAAGAACAGGCUCGAUUAAAAGCACUAAAGGAACAGCGUCUAAAAGAACUUGCAAAGAAACCGCAUACCUCUUUAACAACUGCAGCCUCUCCUGUGUCCACCUCAGCAGGGGGAAUAAUGACUGCAGCAGCCAUCGACAUAUUUUCUACCCCUAGUUCUUCUAACAGCACAUCCAAGCUGCCAAAUGACCUGCUUGAUUUGCAGCAGCCAACCUUUCAUCCAUCUGUCCAUGCUAUGUCAGCUGCUCCUCAGGUAGCAAAUACAUGGGGAGAUCCUUUCUCUGCUACUCUAGAUGCUGUUGAUGAUGCCAUUCCAAGCUUAAAUCCUUUCCUCACAAAAAGUAGUGGUGAUGUUCACCUUCCUAUUUCUUCAGAUGUAUCCACUUUUACUACUAGGACACCUACUCAUGAAAUGUUUGUUGGAUUCAGUCCUUCUCCGGUUACACAGCCACAUCCUUCAGCUGGCCUUAAUGUUGACUUUGAAUCUGUGUUUGGAAAUAAGUCUACGAAUGUUGCUGUAGAGUCUGGUGGCUUUGAUGAACUAGGUGGACUUCUCAAACCAACAGUGGCCUCUCAGAACCAGAGUCUUCCUGUUGCCAAACUUGCGCCUAACAAAUUAGUGUCUGAUGACUUGGAUUCAUCUUUAGCCAACCUUGUGGGCAAUCUUGGCAUUGGAAAUGGAACCACUAAGAAUGAUGUAAGCUGGAGUCAACCAGGUGAAAAGAAGUUAACUGGAGGAUCUAACUGGCAACCAAAGGUUGCACCAACAACUGCCUGGAGUGCUGCAACAAUGAAUGGCAUGCAUUUUCCACAAUACGCACCCCCUGUAAUGGCCUAUCCUGCUACUACACCAACGGGCAUGAUAGGAUAUGGAAUUCCUCCUCAGAUGGGAAGUGUACCUGUAAUGACACAGCCAACUUUAAUAUACAGCCAGCCUGUCAUGAGACCGCCAAACCCCUUUGGCCCUGUACCAGGAGCACAGCUGUCGGCAGCAUCCAGCCCCUCAAGGCACAGUCCUCACAGAGCUGCAGGAAAGGACCCCUUUGCAGAGCUCUCUCUGGAGGACUUCUUAUAAGUCACUUAGAUACAGUUUAUGUAACUAGAUGGAAGAGAAUGGAAUUACUCCAAGAAUAGAAGUGCACAGGUGGCGACUCCUUACUUCCAGCAAAAUCCAAACUGCUGUCUCUGAGACUCUUCCUCCAUUAGAGCUCUCCAGUAACCCAUGAAGGCCCACGACGGGAUGGGACUAGUUUAUAGGAGAGCGUUGUCAAUACCAUUUAUAAAGCCAAGAAUUGCCAUGAUUUAAGACUAAGAUCUGUCUUUUUGGUGACUAACACUUCAAUUCUUUCAACUCCUAUUAAUACCCAUAAUCAGUAACCUACCAAGAAAAGCCCGUAUUUGGAAAGUGUGGAGUUUGUGUUGGAAAAGCUGCCUGGAGAGAAGAGUUGUGUCCUUUACCAUAUUCAACAGGACUCAUUGGGGGAUCAAAAUCAUAAUUUUAAAUUAUGCAUUAUAUUUCUUUUCUCCACUCCUCACAAAUACAGAAACCAUAAUUGAAGUUAACUUUUCUUUUAAAAAAAAAAAUUAUAUUCAGUUUGCAGUAGACAUUCCUUAAGUAUUUGUAUUUAUUUAUGAUUAUCAAUUUUACAUAACAUUAAUAUUAUAUCAAACCUCCUUAAGAAAAUGAGUAUGGAUGUUCACAGUAUGUUUGAUUUUUAUCUACAAGAAUGAAUCUGAUUCAGAAUGCUUUUCAGCUGACAUACAGAGCACUAAAUACUUUAAGGCAAAACCAUAGGUCUGAAUCUCUUAAGAAUUCUCAGUCUCUAUGGGAUGUAGGGACGCAUUAUAAAUGCAUUAAUCCUUAUAGUCAAUCCUGUGCCUAGGAUUUUGCAAGGGAACAGUUCACUGACUAGGAAAAGCACUACAUUUAAAUUCAGCAUUAGUGCACUGGGAAGGAUCGUUACUGCUUUGUGCUUGGCAUGUCAUUAUUUCCCACUUGACAUUAGGGCCUUUCCAGAUGAAUGUGAGGAAUUGCUUUCACUUCAAGACUUUCCUUCUUUUCAGUAAAACUUUAGGAGAUGUAAUGGGGAAAAGGGAGGGGGACAGAAAUCCUUGAACUUUUUAUUUGGCUUGUGCCAUGUUAUGAUCAUGUACCUUUUAAAUAAGGGGAGAUAGUAUCUUUAAAGUCAGUGUCUAGCCAAGAGCUUAGCUAAUGAAGAAUUACACUGCACUGUUGACCGGUGCAUUCUGUACAUACAUCUUAACGCCUGGGGUGAGAGGGGCCUUAAGAAGGACAGGUCAUUGUAGGAAAGCAAUUCUGUACAUGAGUUAAGCAUACUUGUUGCAUUGUCUCUGCAGAUUCUAUUUUUGUUUACAAUAUUAAAAUGUAUGUUAGCAAAUGGGUGGAUUUUCAAAUAAAAUGCAGCUUCCACAAAACAUGUUAUGGUAUUCUGGUUUGAGGUGCAUUCUCCUUUUUCCUUUCAUUUUUUUUUUUUUUUUAUUACCAGUAUCAUCAGUUUUUUGCUAGUAAAAUUAUGCCCAGGAAGUUAUAUCUGCUGGUCAAAUAAAAUGUAAAAUUUGUUUUAUUUAAACAUACAAAAAGAAUAAUGUUUGAAUUCUUGUUACCAUCUGGACUCACUUAGAAACAUUAUACUUGUUCACUUUCCUUUCUGAUUGGAUGCCUUCAGUCAGGUAAGUUAAGAGAGAAAGUACUCUUCGGUGCAUAAUAUUGUGUUUGCUAAAGAAUAUUUGUAUCAUGUAGCAUAGUGAAUAAUAACCAGCAUCAGUGCAUCAGAGAGAGAUUAAAAGCUGUAAACUGCUAAGUGUUUGUUAUGGUGUGGAAAAAUCAUACAGUCUUUAGCCAAUGUGUUUUUGUUAAUGACUGAUUUUCAAAUUUCGCUAUUAUUAAAAUGUUUCCAUAUAAACUGAGAAAUUGUAUUUUAAGUUAAGAGUCCUUAAAAUAGUAAAUUUUGACUUAUUCCAUACUUUGAAUGGGUAUUUUAAGGUAUGUGACUUAAAUUCUCUCAUGACCUUACUUUGGUAGUAUGUGCAUACGAAGUGCUUUAUAAGCACCUCCAUUUUAUUGUUUAAAUACUUUUGGGCUCUAUUGGGUAAGAAUUACUCACAUUCAGUGUUUGUCCAGGGGGUUAAAUUAGCAGGUGGAAGAGGUGGCUAAUAGUGGCAUGGCUCAUUGACUUGCUGUCAUUCAUUAAAAGCUGUGAACUGCUAAUUGUAUCCCAUUCAUAGCCCUUCAUAGGGCACUUCUUUGAGGGUAGAUAUGGCUAUCUAUCUUGAGACAAGUAAGGCUGACUACAGAAAUGGAGAAAAUGUGCAGUUAGAAUGUUCUGGGAAUCAUUUCCUGGUAAGCUCAGAUUCAAACUAAGUACCUGCUAUACAGAGUUACAGUUUGUGCUGGUAAGCAAACCCAGGGCUUUCCUCUGAGCUGCAUCCCAAUCACAAGAGAUAAUUCUAAAGUUGGUUUUGAAAUAAUUCUGAGAUUUACCUUGGGAAGCAAUCUUGGCCAUAUUGAGCCUGUUCCACUUAUGUACCCUGCCUACCUUCCUUCAGACUGAGACAUUUGGUGGCUGUUCUGUGCUCCAUUCACCUGGACUUUAGGGAGUCUAGAAAGUUCAUUUCCUCCUCCCAAGAACAUUACAUGGAAGCAUUAAACACACCACACUGACCCUGUUGAGUAGCCAAGUAGCUGUGUUUACACCACAUACUCAUCUCUGAUUAUUUUUGUCAUGAACUACAAAGUUCCAUUAAACUACUCAAGAGUGGUUUUAAGGGCUGGGGAAAAAAAAGUUGCAAUAGAAUUGAAUAGACUAGAAGUCCCAAGAAACAACCAUCACUUGAGGUAGCCGGACUCUGAUUGGUAUUCAUAAUCACGGUCACUGGGAGCUAAUACUUCAUGAGUCCUGUUGAUGACAAUUGUGAUAUCAGGUAGGCUUACUGGCCUAUUUGUAGUUUUUAAGUUAAAUGCUGUGUGGUAUUUAGUAUAAACUCGAUGGUUGAACUUUUUAUUUUUGAUGCUGUUUCAAUAAAUAAAUAGUUCAGGCUUC